CCAGGUGUGCCCCGCCCGCGGUGCCAGGGCGUCCCCAGCGGUCGAACCCGGGCGGGCGCGGGCAGGGUCCCGAGGCCCCGCCCAGGACACGGAGCCAAUGGCGGAUGUGGGGCGGGGGCCGGCGGCGGGCGGGGCUCGGCGGCUGAGCGCAGUGGAGUGCGGGCGCAGGGCGCGGGCUGAUCAGGCGCGCAGACCAUGGCCUCCAAGUGUCCCAAGUGCGACAAGACCGUGUACUUCGCCCUUCUUCCUGCCCUACUCUCCACCCUUUUCCUGCCUCAGCCUGUGAGGAUGCCUGGCUUCCGGCCAUUGGGAGCGGAGAAGGUGAGCUCCCUGGGCAAGGAUUGGCACAAGUUCUGCCUCAAGUGUGAGCGCUGCUCCAAGACGCUGACACCAGGGGGCCAUGCAGAGCACGAUGGAAAGCCCUUCUGCCAUAAACCCUGCUAUGCCACGCUGUUUGGACCCAAAGGUGUGAACAUUGGUGGUGCAGGCUCUUACAUCUAUGAGAAGCCCGUCUCUGAGGGAGCACCAGUCACUGGCCCCAUCGAGGCCCCCGCAGCCCGUGCUGAGGAGCGGAAGGCCAGUGGCCCCCCGAAGGGGCCCAGCAGAGCCUCCAGUGUGACCACAUUCACCGGGGAGCCCAACCUGUGUCCUCGCUGCAACAAGAGAGUCUACUUUGCUGAAAAGGUGACAUCCCUGGGCAAGGACUGGCACCGGCCCUGCCUGCGCUGUGAGCGUUGUGCCAAGACUCUGACACCAGGGGGCCAUGCAGAGCAUGAUGGCCAGCCCUACUGCCACAAGCCCUGUUAUGGAAUCCUCUUUGGACCCAAGGGAGUGAACACUGGAGCCGUGGGCAGCUACAUCUAUGACAGAGACCCUGAAAGCACCGUUCAGCCCUAGGCCCCUGCCCUCUGGGGAUGGGCCCAUCUGCCUCCUGCUGACCCUGCCUGGGCCCCCUACGUGGCUCUGUGGGGGACAGUGACCUGCUGCCCUGCCCUGUCUCAGUACAUCCUGCCUACCAGGAGAAAGAGAUGGGCCAUCUGCAGACCUGCCCAAGCUCAGCCCACGCACUCGUGUGUCCUGGUCAUAGGGUCUUCUGUAUUCCCCACCCCUUUUGUGUCUGCCUGUUGUAUGUGUUCCCCUGCCCCAUCAUUCUCUGUGUCCUGUAUGUCCUCAUGACCGAGGUGGCCGAGGUGGCUGCUCUGCCCUCCCCCUAUUUCUACACCUGCCCACCAGUAUUAUUUAUGCUGCAGCUUGCCGAUGAUGGCCACGUGCUCACGGCAUCCCCAGGGCUGGGGUCACCCCUCUUCCUGGCCCCCUUGCUGUCUUCUCUUCACAUAGCUCACUCUUGGUCCCGAGACUUUUGCUGUUAAUAAAGGUUUGGGGAAUCAUA